CAACUAGACUAGCUACUAGCUAGUUGACUCGAAAACAGAAAAGACACCGGUUAACGUGAGUCUCCGUGACGAGUUAGUUGAUACAUUUAAAUACUAGUGUUUUUUUCCCAUCGAAAUGGUGAUAAAUUGCGUUGUACCGGGAUGUACAGCCAAAACCAGAAAAGGACAAGCAGUAAGUUUCCAUCAUUUGCCGGUUAAACAUUUGGAGCGGUGCAAACAGUGGCUGCGGGCUAUCAACCACCCAAAGUUUCGAGGAGACACCAAUAUGGAAAAGAUGAAAAACCUCAGGGUUUGCAGUCGCCAUUUCAAGCUGGAAGACUACGAACCCAAUGUACUUGGAAUGAAGAGAAUCGCUCUAAAGGACACCGCAAUUCCGUCGAUAUUCACCUUCCCAGAUGACGAACAGCCCGGGCCGUCUGGUAGUAAACGCAUUCGCCUAGAGACUCCAAUCACGUCUAAUCCUUUAGUGUCAUCGUCGGAGGAUGAAGAACAAUUGUUGCUGACUUCAACACCGAUCAAAAAUCCUGCCUCUGGCCAAGAACAAUUUUCACCUGGAGGCCUCAAUACCAGCGUCAGCAGCAUUGAAACUGUAGGUGAAACUGAUGAAAGCUAUCAUGCCGAAUUAACCAUCACCCUCUCAUCAACGUCAUCAUCAGAUGAUGAAGGUGGAAAGGACUGGCGUGAAAAGAAGAUAAUUGUCAGUGAAUCCAGCCUCAUGUCACUCUUCAAAUUUUGCCAGAUGUGCGGGAAACCAAUUUUAUCAAAGAAAAUUGUUGACUUUGGGGCAAAGAGGAAGGUGGAUUGGACAUGUCUUGGGGGGGAUUCUGGGACUUGGACAUCUUCAAGUGACAUGUGAACCUCCUUGCAGCCGCAGCUGUUCUGUUCAGGGGGGGGCACAUACACAGAACUAUCAGACUGGUGCAAGACCAUGGGUGUCCAAAUGAUGGGACAGACCACAUUUUACAAUAUAGGUUACUGAGGCCACCAGCUCUGUUACCAUGGAAACACUGGGUUUCAAAAGGGGCAUGACUGAGCUGAUGGACAAGGGCCUUGACGUGGAGGUGAUGGCCACGGA